CCGGCUUGUGCUUGUGCUGGGUUCAGCUCCUGCCCUGUCCCCGGGCCAUGCCUGAGUCGCUUGUGGGACGCGCUGGGGUGUUGCAGCGCACUGUUGCAGUUCACCCCAUCGGUUACCAGAUGGAGAGCCCAUUCUGUUCGGUGACGCUUUGGCCCUCGAUUUGUCGUGGGUAAAGCCAGGGGGCCGUCCCGAAAUGAGUCAAUGAACAGGAGUCCCCGGGUAGGGCACGAGGCAGAGGUCUCCCGCUCUCCGCUCAGGGAGCUGCUGCUUCGCUGCUGGCCACGUGGUUGUGGGCUGUGAACCGUGGGCCCAGGAAGGGCUGAGCCCUUUUGGCUGGAGCAGGGUGUCCCCACGGCAGGGAUGGUGGCCUGGGCUGGUCUCCCCUUGACAGAGCCUUGUGACCCUUCGUGCUGAUGAAGUGAGACAGCCAGAGAAACCUCGGUGUGGCUGGCUUGUGAGACUGGGCAGCACCCUAUUCCCCUCUCCAGGUGGGGCGAAUGCAGCUUUCACUUUGGGACCAAGGUCUGGUGUACAGAGAUGUAUGAAGGACUUCAGGCCAACAGAAUCGUACAGCACUUCACGUGAGCUGUCAUCUCAGGAACACAGAAAACAGCUUCCAGUCCAUGAAUACAUGUAACUAGCCAAGAGUGUGUGGUGGCCUCUGUAUAAAGCAGCUCUUGAGUCAGUGCUGGGAUUUGUGUAGGCUGUUCCUUUGCCACAGGAAAGAUGCAUCAUUAUUAGAUGCCAGACAGUUGCCAUCUGUGUGAAGCUGCAAUCAAAAUGGCGAAGUACAGGCUUGUUCUCUUAAGACAUGGGGAAGGAGCCUGGAACAAGGAGAAUCGCUUCUGCAGCUGGGUGGACCAGAAGCUGAGCAGUGAUGGGAUAAAGGAAGCUCAGAACUGUGGCAAACACCUUAAAGCAUUGGGCUUUGAGUUUGACCUCGUCUUCACCUCUGUACUCAGCCGCUCCAUCCAGACUGCUUGGCUUAUCCUGGAAGAGAUGGGCCAAGAAUGGGUCCCCAUUCAGAGUUCCUGGCGACUGAAUGAACGUCACUAUGGUGCACUGAUUGGUCUCAACAGAGCAGAGAUGGCUCUGAAUCAUGGAGAGGAGCAAGUGAAAAUAUGGAGAAGAAGCUAUGAUGUUACCCCACCUCCCAUAACCGAAUCUCAUCCUUACUAUGAAGAGAUAUACAAUGAUCGCCGGUAUAAAUGCAGUGAUGUCUCUCAGGAUAAUCUCCCAAAGGCUGAAAGUCUAAAAGAUGUGCUUGAUAGACUCCUUCCAUAUUGGAAUGAAAAGAUAGUGCCAGAAUUAAAAAGUGGCAAAAUGAUCCUUAUAUCUGCUCAUGGCAACAGCAGCAGGGCAUUGCUGAAGCAUGUGGAAGGCAUCUCCGAUGAAGAUAUCAUCAAUGUUACUCUCCCCACUGGUGUGCCCAUACUUCUUGAACUUGAUGAGAAUCUGCACCCUCUGGGCCCUCACCAGUUUCUGGGUGAUCAAGAGGCUAUCCAAGCUGCCAUCAAAAAAGUGGAAGAUCAAGGGAAAGUAAAAUCUGCUGAGAAGUAAAAUCCCACUAACACAGCUGUUUUUAAAGUGUGAUAAUAAGCGAUGAUUUAUGUAUGACUGCUAGGUUGCACUGUGUAAAAGUCUCAGUUUCAAGCACUAAAUAAUUGGAAGGGACAGUUGUUGAGUCUCAGGUUGGUAGAUUAACCCUUUGCCUUUCAAAAACUGGAAUUCAAAUCUCAGCAUGAGGUUGUGAAUACUGAAAAAAGAAAUCAAGAGAUCAUUCAGGUAAUGGAAACUUGUAGGGCAGUCUGCCCCAGAUCUAGGACUGAGGGUGGCCCAGUCAGAAAUAAAGGGAUAUGUUAUUGAUGUCUACCAAUAAUCAGUCCUGAUCUGUUAAGGGUAAAUGCACCAGCUUACUGGACUAAUUAAGUCCAGGUUGUUACAGGCACUAAAACUUUCUUACUGAUAAAAUGGCACCAGGUAACAGUGUUAGCCAGUAUCAUUCUUUGGCGUCAGUGGCCAUGACUAUUUGUUCUGGAUGGAGUUCCCUAGAUCUUUCAGCUGCAUAACUCCUUGCCUUUGUUAUUUUGAGUCUUCCAAGGCUAGUUCAUGGUCCAGAGGAGAAUUUUGUAGAUAUGUUCAGACUGUUAUAGUUACAUAGUUGUCUUUUGCUACACUAUAGUCCAGUUUUUAAAGAAUCCCUUUUCCUCUACCAUUUCCUUAAAGCCUAGCAUGACCAAGUUUUGCUGGCUUGCAAUAAUAGGAUUUAACUCAGACUUUAGUCCACAAGCUAAGCACAAAGGUUUCCUGCUCAAUGUUUAAAUUAUCACUUAGCUCUUAGUGAGUGAUGUGAAUAGCUUUGAAACACUUAAGUAACAUGUACUAGAGGUUUGAUCAUCUCUUAGUCAAGUUGUUAGAAUAAUUUACCUCAGUAAAACUGGAUAUAGGAAAAUUCGCCCUCCAAGCUUUCCUGAGUUGCAAAGAUCUCAUGAUAAAUAUGUUCCCCAGUAAUGUUACUGUGCCAUUCUCUGUAUCAGUUUUUCUGGGGGGCUGGAAGAGAUGCAUAAGGCAAGCAAGGUGUGUUGGUGGGUGUAGCUCAUUCAGCCAUCACGCUGGUAGGGAAGGAUAUUCUGC